UGUAUCUGGCGUGAUGCUUGCAACAAGCUGUUGAUCAAUUUAUUUUUUCCUUAAGCAAUGUCUAUCAGCGAGGAAUUCCAAGCUAAUAUUGAAGCCUUGCCCAAUAUAAUACAAAGGAAAUAUGCUCUGUUACGAGAUUUGGAUAAGAGCUUGCAAGAAAUUCAGAAGCAAAACGAACAGCGCUGUGAACAGGAGAUAGAUGAUAUGAAGCGUGGUAUAAAAUCCGGUAGCAUCACACCCAAUUCUUCUCUUCUCAAAUUUACAGACGAUGCUGUAGAUGAGCAAAAACAUGCCAUAAGGAUUGCCGAUGAGAAAGUAGCAUUGGCGGUUCAGGCUUAUGACUUGGUAGACACUCACAUUCAACAGCUUGAUCAAUACUUGAAGAAAUUUGAUGAGGAUCUUCGGCGUGCCGAAAGGGAUGCCAUAGCUGCAACUCCUCCAACUCAUGAUAUGAAUGUCAAAGCUGGAAGGUCUGGCGAAACUAGCAAUAGAGGGCGUAAGAAGACGCGCGUUGCAGCAGCAAAUGUAUCUGUGGCCUCAGCCUCCGGAACUGGUGCAACGACUGCAGCAAAUCCCAGCAUGGAAUUAGAUCUGCCUGUUGACCCAAACGAGCCCACGUAUUGUUUCUGCAACCAAGUGAGCUAUGGUGAAAUGGUUGCAUGUGACAAUCCCGAUUGCAAGAUAGAAUGGUUCCAUUAUGGCUGUGUUGGGCUUAAAGAACAGCCAAAAGGCAAAUGGUAUUGUUCAGAUUGUGUCGGGAGCCAAAGGCGUAGGAAAGUGAGAUAACGGACUCUGACUUGCUUCCCGAGUAAUACUUCGUAUGUUAAUAAAAACUUCCACAUUUCGAAUUUGAACUACAAAGUCAUGACUGAAUUUGCGGUGUAACGAGUGCACUUUGCUACAGAUAUAUGAAGAGUGAUGAUAUAGCGUUGUCGACUUCAUGCAAUAUAGCACCCAUUGAUAAUGUACUCUCGUUCUGCGCAAACUCUGAUAUUAUUAUCGAUGAGAAUGGAGUUAUCAAAGAUUAGAUGUAUUCAUAUUAUUUUGGAUCAA